CAAAAACAUCUUCUCAGCUAGAACAUAACUGAUACAAAGUCGUUUUCAGUCACAAUUUAGCUGCAGUAAAAGAAAUAAGCUGAAUUAGAAUAUCUAUUACUUACUCUGAGAGCUGCAACUAAAAUAUAAAGAACGAAAAAUGUUAUAUGUACAUUUAAUUCCCGUUUUAUUCAUAACCGCUACUUUUGCAAAGGAGGAUAAGAUUUUAGUUUCAAAUUCAACAAGCCAGAACUUGAAAUACGAAGAAAAUACUGAUGAAGAUUUUAGUUCCUCUACGGUUUCAGAAAGUGUUCAAGAUUCCAUUGGCAUGCCAGAUUAUCACCCGAAACACCCUCAUCAAACAAAAUCAAAGGAUUCAGCAGCACAUUUACAGCCACACAGACGUCCAGUCUAUGAAGUUGUAAAUCAACCAUGUUACCCAGCUGGAUGCAGUGGCUACGGGCAUAAUGGCCCAUGGAGACAACAAAGCAAUAGAUUUGUACCAUAUAAUAAAUACCCAUAUGGCACCAGACACAGAGGAAGAUAUCCACCUGUAGAAAUAUAUCCAGGAAAUGAUUAUAUGCGGCCAAGCUAUGACCCACGAUUUGGUGAUUAUCGCUAUGUACCUCGCAUGCCACCGUAUCAAAGAGACAGGUACGGUAGCUAUGGUGUGUAUGGUCAGCCUCCAUACGGUUUCGAUUAUAUAUAAAGAACUGAUGCGUCAGCUUUAUGCAGCAGUGUUGAGAAAAGAAAAAUAAAGCUCUUAACCGAUAUAUUUCCAGACGACUUCGUUUUCUUACAACCAUUUUUUUUAAAUAAAUUAUGCACUAAGUUUUUUUUUAA